CCUUAGCCAUCAUGGCUUCCCACCAGCAUCUCUUUAUGUUUAGGGUUGCCGCCUGUACCAAGGAACUAGGGGGUGUGGUGGUGCAAGACUUCUUCAUCUACAACGCCAACAAUCCUUCCUCGCUGAAAGCGCUACCCGCUUGUACCGAGCCAUACCCAGAUUAUUCCCGCGCUGAUUGCCGCUUACCUCGUCCACCUUCUGGCCAGAAGGUGGAGCGGCGCCUGCUGGCCCUUGAAUCUAUGGGCCUCUUGUGCGGUGAAGGCGAAGGGUUCGCGGUGGCAGAGUUGAAUGUCUACCCCAGCCGCCGCAAGGUCUACGCUGACAUAUGCAUGCUGCACGCUAGUACAUCAGCUAGCCCUGGACUUGAGGAAAAAUGGAAUUCCAUCCGUGUACCAAUCCUCGGUGUUGAAGACCACGAUGAUGUCUCGCAACUUUGUUAUUGGCAGACCAACACGGUUAUUCCUUUCGAUCAUUUUCUAUGCUGGAUCGACUAUUACAGAGGCAUCCUCCUCUGUGAUGUGUUUGGAGUCCCCAAUCCUACCGUGUCCUUCCUCCGUUUUCCGCUGAACAAGUUCCCUUCUACUCACAAUCGCAGCAACACAUCCAGUUGGGUGUACCGUGGUGCUUCCGUUGUCGACGCAGGCCGUACACUAAAGUUCAUCGAUAUCGCCCGCAACGAUGGCAUUGGUUACGGGCCACUCAAGCCUGGUGCUGGCUUCAUUGUCAGCUGCCACACUCUCUCGUCAUGCAAGUCGGCGUGGAAGAAGGAGUACGAGGUCAGAAAUGAAGACCUAUGGGCACUCAACACUCCUGAGUGCCUUCCUCGUGACAUCCUUAUGUUCCCUCAAGUGCACAUUGACAACCCAAAUAUAGUGCAAUUCAUUGUUAUAAGCGAGUUCAAAUGGGCACUCAAGAAAAUGCGAGUGGUGGCCAUUGACAUGAAAACCAUGACUGUGGAUUCAUUCUCCAAGUAUAUCGAUGGAAAGGAGGACAAGGACGUUGAAAUACAGGCUUCCUUUGGGCCAAUGUUGAGGUCAUCACCCAGAGUGAAAAAUGAGGAGGUUCAGAAGGCUGCUUCUGCUUUGAAGGCCGACCACAGCCGUGCUACCCCUCGAUCUAUUAGACCGUUACAUAUAGAGUUGUAA